AUGGAGUGGAACAAAUGUAGAUUUAGGAAGGCAAAAAAUCUGAGACAGUCAUUGAUUUUUUAUAAGCUAUUCAAACUGUAAAUUUGACUUUAAUAACCUAGGUAUCCUAUUUCUUUUGAUCGAAGCCCCAUAAGAUGAGGUGCAAACUUGUGGUCCCACACUUUCACUGGACAAAAGAGGCGAUACCUCCCUGUGCUUUUACGCAAACGCACUAACUGUCUACGCAGGACGCCAAGUGAAGGGCCGAGAUUCAACGAUUACCACACAUCAACAAGCGCUUCUUGUAUCGCUGGACACUGGCUAAACAUGCAUCGGACUAUUCAAGUGGGAUUGUUCUGCGUCUGCGAGAAUAACCAACGCGUGAAAAAUGACGGGUUAUAAACUAACAAGAAGUCUCUCAUCUUUGGAAUUGAAUGAAGAGUCUUGUGCCACAACGCAACUCGAAGUGCACCACCAAGGCCAUGAUAGAGGCAGCUUUUUACAUACAGAUGUGUUGUCAGUCUCUAGCUACCGUAAUAAUAGCUAUCAAACUUUAAAAAAAGUUACAAUAGUCAUACUAGCUAUACGUUUAGUCAUGACAUCUAACUGAAAUAUGUAGCUAGCUGGCUAGCUAUAUGUUUAUUUUUGGUAGCUAGCUAGCUCAGAUAGCAUAGAGCUAGCCAGUUAGCGUAGCUAGCUGACGAACUUGUUUUUUAAAUAGCGCUCGAGCUAGCUAACGGUAGCUAAUCAGCUAGCUCAGAUAGCCAGUUGGCGUAGCUAGCUGACGAACUUGUUUUUUUAAAUAGCUUGUUUUAACUAACUCGAGCUAGCUAACGGUAGCUAAUCAGCUAGCUCAGAGAGCAUAGAGCUAGCUAACGGUAGCUAAUCAGCUAGUUCAGAUAGCAUAGAGCUAGCUAACGGUAGCUAAUCAGCUAGCUCAGAUAGCAUCCUGGCUAGUAAAUGAGACCAUUUAACGGUUGGAGUUGCUAGCCAGUUAGCGAACUACAGUAACACUUUCUUGUGUCAAAUCUGACAACCACUUUCUAGCUAACUAAUGUUAGCCUGUAGGCUUUUCACUUAACUGUGUUAACUUACCAAUAACGUUAGCUAACGGUAAUAUAUAUAUAUAUAUAUAUAUAUACAUUUUUUUGUUUGUUUUUAAUUUCUAAAUAGUUAACAUUACCUUACUCGACUAGGUGUAUGGUGUAGCUAGCUAGCUGACUUUUCCACCGUGCCUGGACUGACCGACCCCCACCAGGACAAGCCGGGGCCGAUGCUGACGGUCCGGAUCACGGCAACGUAAGGAGCCAUGCAGCCGCAGCAAAUAUACGACUUUUCAAGUGACGAGAACAGUCACAAAUGGCGAGGCCUCUUCGUGCAAGCGUUGCGAAAGGUGCAGCUGCAGGUGCAUCCCACCCUGUCAGCCAAGGAGGGAGCUCUGCAGCACAUCGAAGAGCUGAUCCUGCAGCUGCUCAACAUGCUGUGUGUGGCUCAGCCGCGCUCUGUACAGGACGUGGAGGAGCGUGUCCAGAAGACCUUCCCCCACCCCAUAGAUAAAUGGGCCAUAGCUGACGCCCAGUCGGCCAUCGAGAAGAGGAAGAGGAGGAACCCCCUACUGCUCCCUGUGGAUAAGAUACACCCUCUACUCAAGGAGGUGCUGGGUUAUAAGAUAGACUACCACGUCUGCCUCUACAUCGUGGCGGUUCUAGAGUACAUAUCAGCGGACAUCCUGAAGCUAGCAGGAAACUACGUUGGUAACAUCAGACACUAUGAGAUCAGCCAGCAAGACAUCAAGGUGUCCAUGUGUGCAGACAAGGUCCUAAUGGACAUGUUUGACCAGGACGAGGACAUCGGUCUGGUGUCUCAGUGUACGGAGGAGCCGUCAUCGUCGGGAGAGCUGACCUACGAUGACCUGGUGCGCUUGGAGAUUGCAGAGGAGCGCCAGUACCUGCGGGAGCUUGACCUCAUCAUCAAGGUGUUCCGACAUCACUUCCUGUUCAACAACAAGAUCUUCACGCCUCAGGAUGUUGAGGUUAUCUUCAGCAACAUUUCGGACAUUCAUGAGCUGACGGUCAAACUUCUGGGGCUGAUAGAGGACGCAGUGGAGAUGACCGCUGACACUAGCCCUCAUCCUCUGGUGGGCAGCUGCUUCGAGGACCUGGCAGAGGAGCAGGCGUUUGAUCCGUAUGAGACCCUGUCUCAGGACAUCCUGUCCAGACAGUUCCACGAGCACUUCAGCAGCCUGAUGGCCCGGCCUACUGUAGGACUAUACUUCCAGUCCAUAGCUGAAGGUUUCAAGGAGGCAGUUCAGUACGUCCUGCCACAGCUCAUGAUGGUUCCUGUAUACCACUGUUUGCACUACUUUGAACUACUGCAGCAGCUGCAGGAGCACAGUGAGGAGCAGGAUGACCGAGAGGGUCUGAAGCAGGCCAUCACCGCUCUGCUCAACCUCCAGUGUAGCGUGGAACGCAUCUACACCAAACACCUGCCCCGACGCAAGCCUGGCGAGCCCAUGUACCGUCUGUACAGCCGUCAGGUGCGCAGCAAGCAGCUGGCCAUCAAGAGGAUGAACGAGAUCCAGAAGAGCAUCGACGGCUGGGAGGGGAAGGACAUCGGCCAGUGCUGUUCCGAGUUCAUCCUGGAGGGGGCGCUCCUCCGCGCCGGCGCCAAACACGAGCGACACAACUUCCUGUUCGACGGCCUCAUGAUCAGCUGCAAGGCCAAUCAGAGCUCCCGACUCCCCGGUUCCGGAAGCGGGGCCGAGUUCCGUCUCAAGGAGAAGUUCGUCCUGCGGAAAGUCCGCAUCGUGGACCGCGAGGACUCGGCGGAGUUAAAACACGCCUUCGAACUCGUCGGUAAAGACGAGAACUGUGUGGUGUUCUGCGCCCGCUCUGCGGAGGACAAGGGGGCGUGGAUGGCGGCGCUGGUCACCCUGCAGUACCGCUCCACGCUGGACCGUAUGCUAGACACUGUCCUACAGCACGAGGAGCAGGCCCAGCCCCUCCGCCUGCCCUCCCCCGAGCUUUACCGUUUCGCAGUGCACGACUCCGAGGAGAACAUCGUGUUUGAGGACAGUGUCCAGAGCAAGACGGGGAUACCUAUUAUUAAGGCUGGGACGGUGGUCAAGCUUAUAGAGAGGCUUACAUACCACAUGUACGCUGAUCCCAACUUUGUACGCACCUUUCUGACCACCUACCGGUCAUUCUGCAAGCCCCAGGAGCUCCUGAGGCUGUUGAUAGACAGGAUUGAGAUCCCUGAGCCAGAGCCCACAGAGGCAGACAAACAGGCUCUAUGGAAUGGGGAUCAGCCAAUGGCUGCAGAGCUACAGAGGUUCCGCAGGGAGUACGUCCAACCCGUCCAACUCAGGGUUCUGAAUGUGUUUCGUCAGUGGGUGGAACAUCAUUUUUAUGACUUUGAGAACGACCCCGAGCUACGAGGCAAACUGGAGGAGUACAUCAGCAGCAUUCUUCAACUCCGAGGAAAGUCGAUGAGAAAGUGGGUGGAGUCCAUCAACAAGAUCAUCAAGAGGAAGAUGCAGACUCAGUCCAACGGGGUCAGCCACAACAUCACCUUCGAGAGCCCGCCCCCGCCCAUCGAGUGGCACAUCAGCCGCCUGGGUCAGACGGACACCUUUGACCUCAUGACCCUUCACCCCAUAGAGAUCGCCCGCCAGCUCACCCUUCUUGAGUCUGAACUGUACAGGGCUGUGAGGCCGUCCGAGCUGGUGGGGAGUGUGUGGACUAAAGAGGACAAGGAGAAUAACUCUCCCAACCUGCUGAGGAUGAUCCGUCACACCACCAACCUCACGCUGUGGUUCGAGAAGUGUAUUGUGGAAGCAGAGAACCUGGAUGAGAGAGUAGCGGUGUUAACGCGGGUCAUUGAGAUCCUCCAGGUGUUUCAGGAGCUCAACAACUUCAAUGGUGUUCUGGAGGUGGUCUCUGCCAUCAAUUCUGUCCCCGUCUACCGGCUCGACCACACCUUCGAGGCGGUCCCCGAGAGGAAGAAGAAGAUCCUAGAGGAAGCAGUGGAACUGAGCCAGGACCAUUUCAAGAAGUACCUGGCCAAGCUCAAGUCCAUUAACCCGCCCUGCGUGCCUUUCUUUGGUAUCUACCUGACCAACAUCCUGAAGACAGAGGAGGGGAACCCCGACUUCCUGAAGAGACACGGCAAAGAGCUUAUCAACUUCAGUAAGAGGAGGAAAGUAGCAGAAAUCACAGGAGAGAUACAGCAGUACCAGAACCAGCCUUACUGUCUCAAGGUGCAGCAGGACAUCAAGGUAGGCCAAUCAAAACCAGCCUUACUGUCUCAAGGUCCAGCAGGACAUCAAGGUAGGCCAAUCAAAACCAGCCUUACUGUCUCAAGGUUGGCCAAUCAAAACCAGCCUUACUGUCUCAAGGUGCAGCAGGACAUCAAGGUAGGCCAAUCAAAACCAGCCUUACUGUCUCAAGGUCGGCCAAUCAAAACCAGCCUUACUGUCUCAAGGUCGGCCAAUCAAAACCAGCCUUACUGUCUCAAGGUCGGCCAAUCAAAACCAGCCUUACUGUCUCAAGGUAGGCCAAUCAAAACCAGCCUUACUGUCUCAAGGUUGGCCAAUCAAAACCAGCCUUACUGUCUCAAGGUGCAGCAGGACAUCAAGAGGUUUUUUGAGAACCUGAACCCGAUGGGCAGUCUGGGUGAGAAGGAGUUCUCUGACUACCUGUUCAACAAGUCUCAGGAGAUAGAGCCUCGUAACUGCAAGCAGCCGCCACGAUUCCCCAGGAAGACCCUGUACCCCCUGAAGUCCCCGGGGAUCCGGCCGGUGCGGACCUCUACGUCAGGGACCCUGAAGGGCCACCCCGUACCCCUGGAGAGAGAGCCCCCGCACAAGAUCACCUUCAGGAGCAUCGCUGAGACGGAGCAUGAGACCUCUUCCAUAGCCUCGGUCCCCACCUCACCCAGCACCCCUACGCCCCCACAGUCUGCCUGCUCAGACCUCAGCUCUGUCUUCAUGGAACCAGAUCUCUAUAGUGUUUAUGGUGGCUCAACUUCUCUAUGUGGCCAUUUUAUAUCAGGUGGAAACUCCAUAUUCUGUUCUGUUCUCCUCCCGCCCUCAAAGUUCCACUCAGUGUCUUGUGGAAGCCUUCACCAGCUAGGAGAGGAGUUACUGAAGCCCCCUCCACUUCCCCCUCGCAGGAAGGAUGCUUUCUCUGAGACCAAGUUGAGUUCCAGGUCCAAAGGUCCCCCAGCCAUCCCCCCCAGACUGCCCCCUCCUCUCCCCAGGGUCCAGCCCCGCACCCCAGUCUACAACGGCCUCAGCGACGGCCCCCUCCCCAGCAGCCCCCCACCUCCACCCCCCCGGGACCCCCAGCCAGACACCCCUCCCCCUGUCCCCCAGAAGCCACCAGAGAUCUUCAUUAACUACCCCCCGAACCUCCAACCCUCCCCCCUCGGCCGCUUCCACUGGGAUUUUGGCAGUUCCCCCUGCUCCCCUGGAACGCCCCCGGGUUCCCCCUCGCCCCGCGUCCCACGACGGAGCUGCCUGCUCAGCGCCAGCCAGAACAGUCUCUGCCCGCUCCCCCUGCCCAUCAUGGCCCCACCUGUACCUCCCCGCCACAACUCCUCCUCCCAGCUCCCCAAACUUCCCCCAAAGACCUACAAGAGGGAGCUGUUGUCACCCCCUUUACAGAGCCUCUCAUUGGUGGAGAGCACAGAGGGUAGCCAAUGAGGAGCCUCCUUGCUUCUUUUGUUGUUUCCUUCUCAUCAUGGCUGCUGCUCCACACAACACAAACUGUAUCAUACUAUGACCUCAUGACACAGAGCGAUUUAAAAACAAACUAAUCAGGAUUUUUUUUUAAAGCUACUGAUCGUAACAAAGACUCCAAACCCCUCCCACUCAUCUCCUACAUUGACCAAUCACAACACGGCCACUCCUCUCAGGGUAUCAGUAGCCCCACCUUCCUUUCAAGCCCUCUGUGCCAAUGGAUAAUCCACACCAGUGUGCCAGCCAAUGAACAAGGAGCCCCAAGACACUGGCUCCUCCUCCUCCUCCUCCUCCUCUGUGUGCAGUACAUGUCACACACCUGUACACAACAUUGACUCUGUCAUUUUGUUCAUAUAGAUAUUCCACUCUGUACUGGAGUGGACAGGACAGUAUGCCAUAGUCCAUCCGUAACUCUCCUACCCCCAAAAGAGACACUGUGCUGAACCCAGAAAGGAGAGGGCCGUGUCCUCUUCAGCCUGUCCUGGUGGUUGGGGACUAUACAGACCACUAUGACACUUCCAUCGGCAUGGACAGGUCUUCUCACUGCCAACGCUUUGUGUGGAUCUAUGGGCAUUGUUGCGUUGGCACACGGUCGUGUUGCGAACGCCAUUCACUCGUUCACCCCAGGAGUCAGUCCUCCUGUCCCGCGGUUCUCGGACGGACGGACGGACUCCACUCUGGACCGUACAAGACCUCAAUGCUCUUUAAUCAUCUAAUCAAACACACAUUUACUGUGGUUCUGUCUGGAACGAGCACGAGGAUCGUCAAAGUGUUGGAAGUUCUCCUCGUGAGGCUCCUCCCACCUUUUAUAGUGACCAGUCCGAAGUUCUGCAGGGGUCAUAUAAGGGAUUCAUGUUUUGAGGAAUGACUAACUCAAAAAUGGACUGUGGAUAUUUCCAUCCAGUCGUUCAGACAUUACCAACCUGAUCUUUGUCACACUGAAAUCCUUCCCCUUCCUCUUAUUGUUUGUUGGUCUCCACUGUGCACUGAACUGAGUAGAGCUGUGACUGUAAUGGGCGUGAGCUCAGCGGUAUUCACAGGGCUGUGUUACUGUGUGGUACAGGAGGAUCAUAUAGCUCUGGACAUGGGGGUCCUCGCUGUAGUUGGUAGCUACAUCCAGCCCUGCUGGUCCUAGAAUUACCCUCCAUUUCAGAUGUUGCCUUUGACCCCACAGCACUGACCUCUGUGGGCCUCUGCUAGAGGGACGGGCGGUGUGGGUUCCGCUCCACCCUCUGCUAGAGGGACGGGCGGUGUGGGUUCCGCUCCACCCUCUGCUAGAGGGACGGGUGGUGUGGGUUCGCUCCACCCUCUGCUAGAGGGACGGGUGGUGUGGGUUCGCUCCACCCUCUGCUAGAGGGACGGGUGGUGUGGGUUCGCUCCACCCUCUGCUAGAGGGACGGGUGGUGUGGGUUCGCUCCACCCUCUGCUAGAGGGACGGGUGGUGUGUGUUCGCUCCACCCUCUACUAGAGGGACGGGUGGUGUGGGUUCGCUCCACCCUCUGCUAGAGGGACGGGUGGUGUGUGUUCGCUCCACCCUCUGCUAGAGGGACGGGUGGUGUGUGUUCGCUCCACCCUCUGCUAGAGGGACGGGUGGUGUGUGUUCGCUCCACCCUCUGCUAGAGGGACGGGUGUUGUGUGUUCGCUCCACUUGCACAUAAAGCUUAGUCAACGUUUGUUGUGUCUACCCUUUUUUAGUCAUAUGAUGGAUAUCUAAGAGCUCCUAUCUCGGAAAAUGAUUUGACGACAACCUUUAUCUCUUCUCCUCUGCCCUCUCCACUGAGAUAUCUCUUCUCCUCUGCCCUCUCCACUGAGAUAUCUCUUCUCCUCUGCCCUCUCCACUGAGAUAUCUCUUCUCCUCUGCCCUCUCCACUGAG